GCACAACUCGCGGUUUCUGCUUCAACAUAUUGAAUUGAACACUUCCUAACUUCUGAAAGCAAGUCAAAUGACUAUGACUGAUGGUCAAUCAGCGGGUGAGGUCCCCAAAUUCGUGGCCCCCGUAAUCCAGGACAACCCGACUGGAUGGGGGCCCUGCGAGCUGCCCGACCAGUUCAAAGAUAUGCCGUACCAGCCCUUCAGCAAAGGCGACCGUCUCGGCAAAAUCAGCGACUGGACGGGGGCCGCCUUCCAAGACAAGAAAUAUGCCAACAAGUAUGCGUCCCAGUUCGGUUCUGGCAGUCAAUACGCGUAUUAUCAUGACGAAGACGAGAGCACUUUUCAUUUGGUGGACACAACACGCGUCCAGAAGCCCCCCUAUCAACGGGGGCGCUUCCGCGCGAACCAGCGCAACUUGCGCGGGCGUGGCGGCCGUGCUGGGGUGCAAGGCAGCGGCAUGCAGUCCCUCGGGAAGGGGGUUAAAGCCAGGGACACGUAUAAGAGGAGCCAGGUUAAGAAAUGGGGACAAGGACGGCCCCAGAUUAAGAUCAGGGACGCUUCGGUUACGGUCAAACCGGAUUGGGUCACCAUUGAGGAAAUGGAUUUCCCUCGGUUGGGAAAAUUGUCGCUCCCUAACGUCAAAGACGGCGAGGAUAUUACUUGUUGUGGCGAGUUGGAGUACUAUGACAAGUCGUACGAUCGUGUCAACGUGAAGAAUGAGAAGCCGCUGCAAAGCGUCAAUCGUAUCUUCCAUACAGUUACAACAACUGAUGAUCCGAUUAUCCGUAAGUUGAGUAAAACGGAGGGCAAUGUGUACGCCACUGAUGCGAUCCUUGCGACCAUCAUGUGCUGCACUCGCUCGAAUUAUUCCUGGGACAUCGUGAUUGAAAAAAUUGGCGAUAAACUCUUCUUUGAUAAGCGUGACAAUACGGAGUUUGAUCUUUUAACCGUCAACGAAACGUCCGUGGAGCCCCCACAAGACGACGGCAACUCCUUAAACUCCCCUCGAAACCUGGCCUUGGAAGCCACUUUCAUUAACCACAAUUUCAGUCAACAGGUAUUAAGAACAGGUACCGGGGAGCCCCGCUUCAAGUUCGACAACCCAAACCCUUUUAUCUCCGAGGAGGAGGAAGGGGAGGUCGCCAGUGUGGCCUACAGAUACCGCAAAUAUGACCUAGGGAGCGGAAUAUUUUUGGUUGUCCGUUGCGAACACGAUGCCGUGGUCCAGUCCCCGAAUGGCGAGCUCCAAUUCCUGUCAAUCAAGGCCUUGAACGAAUGGGAUUCCAAAUUGGCCAAUGGGGUGGAGUGGCGCCAGAAACUGGACACCCAGAGAGGCGCCGUUUUGGCCAAUGAGCUGCGUAAUAACGCCUGCAAGCUGGCCAAAUGGACCGUUCAGGCGUUGCUGGCUGGCAGCGACCAAAUUAAAUUCGGUUAUGUUUCCCGGGCCCAUGUCAGGGAUAACAGCAAGCAUGUUAUUCUGGGUACACAGCAGUAUAAGCCGCACGAGUUUGCCACUCAGAUUAAUCUGAAUAUGGAUAAUGCGUGGGGGAUUCUGCGGUGUAUUAUUGACAUUGUUAUGAAACAGAAGGAUGGGAAGUAUUUGAUUAUGAAAGAUCCGAAUAAGCCGAUGAUCCGGUUGUACGAUAUUCCGGAUAAUACGUUCGAAUCGGACGGGGAGUCGGAGUCGGAGGAUGAGGUGCCCCCUGAUUCCGUGACUUUCCAGACCCUUUAUCCAUACACCAACAGUGCGAAACGCUAGAUUUUGUAUUUUUAUCAUGUAUUAGCGAAAGGCCGAAAUAAAAUGAUCAAUAAAUAA